AUGGAGGAAGAAGAGGAAGAGACUAGCUGGAAAGCUUUAUGGAAAUGGCAAGAAUCGAGCAGAAUCAAGCACUUCUUGUGGCUGGUUCUUCAUGACAAACUCUUCACCAACAAGAAACGUGCAAUAAGGACAAUUACCACGGACAGUAGCUGCAAUCACUGCAAGGAGAAUGAGGAAACGACUGACCAUAUACUCAUAAAUCACCAGAAUGCGUGCAUUACAUGGAAACCACCUGAUGUUGGAUGGAUCCAGCUCCAGACAGAUGGCUCGGUAAUCCAACCCUCUGGAAGAGCAGCUGUUGGCGGUCUUCUUCGUGACCACCUGGGACGCUGCCUGGACGCUUUCACCUGCAAUCUCGACGUCUGUACGAUCACAAGCGCGGAGCUGAAAGGGGCGAUCGAAAGCUUACGGAUUGCUUGGGAAAGGGGGCACAGGAAAGUCAUCCUCAACAUGGACUCUACUACAACAAAUGAGACUGCGAAGAAUUGCAUUGAUGAUGAUCACAGACAUGGGAUCCUUGCUAGGCAAUUUUUUGUCCUUAACCGUGAUUGGGAAGUUAAGAUCAAUCAUGUGUUUAGAGAU